AUGGGUGGCUUUCUAGAAGACGGUGUUCGACUGGGAGGACCAGCUGCUCCAGAGGCCUAUGCUAGACGAAAUAGAGGUGGGUUUCAAGAAGACGGUGUUCGACUGGGAUGCCCAGCUGCUCCAGAAGGCGGUACGGGACGAGGAGGCGGUGGCUUUCAAGAAGAUGGUGUUCGACUGGUAUUCCCAGCUGCUCCAGAGGGCGGUGCUGGACGAGGAGACGGUGGAUAUCAAGAAGACGGUGAUCGACUGGAACGACCAGCUGCUCUAGAAUGCGGUGCUGGACGAGGAUGCGGUGGCUUUCAAGAAGACGGUGUUCGUAUGGGAGGCCCACGUGCUCCAGAGGGCGGUGCUAGACGAAAAGGCGGUGGCUUUCAAGAAGACGGUGUUCAACUGGGAGGCCAAGCUGCUCCAGAAGUCGCUGCUGGACGAGGACACGAUGGAGUUCAAGAGGACGGUGGUCUACUGAGAAUCCCAGCUGCUCCACAAGGCGGUGCUCGACGAGGAUGCGGUGGGUUUCAAGAAGACGGUGUUCGACUGGGAUGCCCAGCUGCUCCAGAAGGCGGUACGGGACGAGGAGGCGGUGGCUUUCAAGAAGAUGGUGUUCGACUGGUAUUCCCAGCUGCUCCAGAGGGCGGUGCUGGACGAGGAGGCGGUGGAUAUCAAGAAGACGGUGAUCGACUGGAACAACCAGCUGCUCUAGAAUGCGGUGCUGGACGAGGAUGCGGUGGCUUUCAAGAAGACGGUGUUCGUAUUGGAGGCCCACCUGCUUCAGAAGGCGCCGCUGGACGAAGAGGCGAUGGAGUUCAAGAGGACGGUGGUCUACUGAGAAUCCCAGCUGCUCCACAAGGCGGUGCUCGACGAGGAUGCGGUGGUUUUCAAGAAGACGGUGUUCGUAUGGGAGGCCCAGUUGCUCCAGAUGGCGAAGCUAGACGAAAAGGCGGUGGCUUUCAAGAAGGCGGUGUUCGACUGGGAGGCCCAUUUGCUCCAGAAGGCGGUGCUGGACGAGUGGUGGUGGAUUUCAAGAAGAUGGUGUUCGACUGGGAGGCCCAGUUGCUCCAGAGGGUGGUGCUAGACGAGGGGGCGGUGGUUUUCAAGAAGACGGUGUUCGUCUGGGAGGCCCAACUGCUCCAGAGGGUAGUGCUAGACGAAAAGGCGGUGGGUUUCAAGAAGACGGUGUUCGACUGGGAGGCCCAGCUGCUCCAGAAGGCAGUGCUGGACGAGGAUGGGGAGGCUUUCUAG